AUGCUUAGAGUCACAUUUGCUAAAGCAAAAGUACCCUCUUACGUUCGAUUAUUCCACCAAUCCAGUUUCAAAUAUGCCGCAUCAGUGUUUAAGAUGCCGGCAAUGUCACCUACCAUGACUGAAGGAGGAAUUGUGUCAUGGAAGGUUAAACCCGGUGACAGCUAUAAUGCGGGGGAUGUAUUGUUGGAGGUGGAAACUGAUAAAGCAAACAUUGAUGUUGAAGCAGCCGAUGAUGGAAAAUUAUGGGAAAUAUUGGAAAACGAUGGUGCUAGUGGUAUUUCAGUAGGGAAACCAAUUGCUUAUAUCGCUGAUGUUGACGAUGAUUUGAGUACAUUGGAGAAACCCAAAGUUGAAGAAGAGGAACAACCAAAGGAGCAAAAAAAGGAUGAAACACAAGAAAACAGCAAGAAUAAGCAAGAAUCAAAGGCGAAAUCAGCAACUGAACUGUCAAAAUCAAAAGAUACCAAAUCAACCAGUGAGUCCAAAAAAUCACCAUCAUCAUCAACAGCAUCUGAUUUAGAAAUACUUCAAAAAGCCAAUCCAUCACAAAAGUUUUCACCAGCUGUUGAAUUACUCUUGAAUGAAAAUAAUAUUUCUCGUGAUGAUGCCAUAGCCAAAAUCCAAGCUACAGGACCCAAUGGAAGGAUAUUGAAGGGAGAUGUAUUGGCAUACCUUGGAACUAUACCAAUUGAAGCAGUAGUUGAUCUUGCCAAAUAUAUCAAAUCAAGAGAACAUUUGGAUUUGUCUAAUAUAGUGGUGGCAAAACCAGAAGAAGAUGCGUCUAGACAGCAACAACAACAACAACAAGGAAAAUCAAAACUGGGAGAAGCUGCUGAUGCUAAACCAAAACCAACAAAUAUUCUUUCAAUCGAAUUUUCUGCUCCAUUAGCUGAACAUAUUGGUAAACACGAUUUCAAACAAGUUUUUGAAACUGCAAUUACUUCAGCAAUUCAUGAUACAUAUGCUCAUAAGUUCCCACAAUAUGCCACUUCGCCCUCACCAACUUCAGUUUUUGAUCAAUAUGAUGUAUUCGAAGAGUUGAUUACUGCGCCAGUUACGCAAAAGAGAUUUGAAGUUUUUGAUAUCAAGUACAAUUUUUAUGGUGGUGCCACAGCUAAAAAACCAGCUGUCAAUAGAUUAUCUCAACAACCAAGGACUGAUUUUGACGAUUUGAUUGGGUUACCUAAUGCCACUACUCCAGUUGUUGAAGUGGGAAAACCAAGAGCCAAUGUGAGUUUUAAAGUUAAAUUUGAUGAGAAAUUGUCAGAUUCAAAGGAGUUUAUAAAGUAUUUCGAAAAGGCAUUGCUUGAUGAAGCUGAAUUGUAUGAUAUUCCUGCUAAUUUGUUAAGAGUAUCAAGCUAA